GGGCGUAUUUGACGUUAACGCGAUGACGCAGGGGGCGUCGGCGUGGCCUGCCGUAGCGUGACGUGAGGAGCGGACGGCCGGGGGCGAGUGGGGAGCAGUCGCCAUGGUCGCCGAGGGACGAUGAACAGUCGAUUUUCAUCUGAAGGCUGGUGACUUCUUUCCAAGAGUAACCAGGAAUUUGUGAUCCAUUGGAAAACAAAGUGGUGCAAAAGAUUCUACUUCCAGAAUGUUUCACUUCAGAAUUCUGCCUGCAAUGGCAGUUCUUGGCAGCUUCUCCAGACAAUACUACAGAGCAGCAACUGCAAAUAAGCGCCGGCACAGAUUGAUGAUGGUAACAUUUGUUGGAGUAACAGCUGUUUCAGCAUCAGCAGGCUUAUUGUGGAAAAGAGCACAUGCUGAAGGAGCUGCUUCAGUAAAACAUGUUCCCAAAAAUGGCUCGUCUCGGGUAGAGGAGGAAAAAGAUGGCGGAGAGGCUUUGAAGGCCCAGGAAGAGGACACACAAAAUGAGAAAAAGAAGAGACAAGGAUUCAGAGAUCGGAAGGUCAUGGAAUAUGAGAACCGAAUUCGAGCUUACUCUACUCCAGAUAAGAUAUUCCGAUACUUUGCAACAUUGAGGAUCAUCAGCGAGAAUGGAGAUUCCGAAGUGUUCAUGACACCCCAAGAUUUUGUACGGUCGAUAACACCAAAUGAAAAGCAGCCAGAGAAUCAAGGUCUGGACCAGUUCAUUGUGAAACGAUGUGAUGGGAAGGAUUUCUGGCAGAAACUGACCCAUGGGCGGGAGAAGUUUGUCGAUGAAGACAGCAUAUUUUACACACUGGGCGAAUGUGGACUGAUUUCAUUCUCUGAUUACAUUUUUCUCACCACUGUUCUGUCCACUCCACAUAGGAAUUUUGAAAUUGCCUUUAAGAUGUUUGAUUUGAAUGGCGAUGGUGAAGUUGAUCUGGAGGAGUUUGAACAGGUUCAAAGUAUUAUUCGAUCACAGACAAGUAUAGGCAUGCGUCAUCGAGAUCGCAGUACAACAGGGAACACGCUGAAAUCUGGAGUUAGCUCCGCACUCACCACUUACUUUUUUGGUGCCGAUCUAAAGGGAAAACUGACCAUUAAACUCUUCCUGACGUUCCAGCGUAAAUUGCAACAGGAUGUUCUUAAACUGGAAUUUGAGAGACAGGACCCCAUCAAUGGAAGGAUCACGGAGCGUCAGUUUGGACGAAUGCUUUUGGCAUAUAGUGGCGUCCAGUCCAACAAACUUAAAGCAAUGUUGAAGAGUAUCAAAAAACAAUUCAAAGAUGCAGAGGGCAUUACAUUUGAAGAAGUUGAGCAUUUCUUCACUUUCCUGAAGAACAUUAAUGAUGUGGAUACAGCACUAAGUUUCUAUCACAUGGCAGGGGCCUCCAUUGAUAAAGCGACCAUGAAGCAGGUUGCCAGGACAGUGGCCCGAGUGGAGCUUUCUGACCACGUUUGUGACGUCGUCUUUGCCUUGUUUGAUUCUGAUGGCAAUGGUGAGCUGAGUAACAAGGAGUUCAUCUCCAUCAUGAAGCAGCGGCUAAUGCGUGGUCUGGAGAAACCCAAGGACACCGGCUUCACUCGACUAAUGCGAGCCAUGUGGAAAUGCACGCAGGAGACGGCCUGGGACUUGCCCUAUCUAUCCAAGACUAACAUCUGCUGACGAGUGUUUCAUCAACAUCUCCCCUCACAUUACCUAGGAGCCAGAGGCUAAAGUUUCUCAUCCCAGUUUUAAUUCAAUGCUUAUGGAUUUGUGUUUGCCAUUACUGCUCAGGCAAUUCUUGCUGCUGCUACCAAUAUAGAAGUCUAUAAAUUAUCAACAGGGGCAGCUGGCAAACGUUGAACACAUUUAUAUGGUAGUCCAAUGUCUGCUAUUUUAUUGAAUAUGUAGACAUGUAUUUUCUAUGCAGAAUGGCCAGUGUGGUUUCAAUAUUAUUUACUCGUUAGUGAGAAGGGAGUCCUUUUCAGGCAGUUCUGCAAUAAAUACAAAUGUCAAAGCUAAUAAUUAAAGUCUGAAUUAAACAC